UCAUCAAACUUUCUCAAUUUUCUCUUCUUUCAUCACAUUCUUCUCAACCUUUGUCUUCAUUUUCAACCCCUUUAUAUUUAAUCAACGACGUUUCCAUUUAUAGUCUCCAUUUCAUUUUCUUCUUCUUUUUCCUCCUUCUUCACCUUUCCUCCAUUCAAUUUCAAAACUUUCUGUUCAUCCCUCUGUUUUCCUCAUGCCUACUCUCCUUAAUUACACUGGAGAUGAUGAAUUUCACCCCACUUCCAUGGAGGAUUUCCCCUGUUUUCUCCCCGUUUCUUCUCGCAUUAAUGUGUGUUUUCAACCCAACAAAAGGGUUCGUGCCAAUCUCAAAAUCCCAUUUCGGAGAGACGAUACAAAUCCUUCUAUUGAUGAUCUUCCUGAUGAAUGUCUCUUUGAAAUCUUUAAACGUUUGUAUAAUGGGAAAUCAAAAAGCUCUUGUGCUUGUGUUUCCAAGCGAUGGCUUAUGCUUCUAAGCAGCAUCCGAGUGGAGGAAACUGAAAAUAAUGGAUAUCUUACAAGACAUUUAGAAGGGAAGAAAGCUACAGAUAUAAGACUUGCUGCUAUUGCUAUAGGAAUCAAUAACAAGGGAGGAUUGGGGAAGCUUUCUAUUAAAGGGUUGAACUCUAUUUGUAGAGUUACUAAUGUUGGUCUUACAUCCAUAGCCUACGGUUGCUCUUCCCUUCGAGCUCUUUCGCUUUGGAAUAUCGCUUUGAUCGGGGACGAGGGGUUGUUGGAGAUAGCUAAAGAAUGCCAUUUGUUAGAGAAAUUUGAUGUAUGUCAAUGCCCUUUGAUUUCCAACAAGGCUUUGAUUGCAAUAGCUGAAGGUUGUCCUAAUUUGACUGUUUUGAGUAUUGAAUCUUGUCCAAAUAUUGGGAAUGAGGGUAUGCAAGCUAUUGGAAGAUCAUGUUCUAAGUUGGAGUCCAUCUCUAUAAAGGAUUGUUCUCUUAUUGGGGAUUCCGGAGUUUCGAGUUUGAUCUCUUCUGCUUGUUCUUCGUUGCAUAAAGUGAAGCUUCAGGGUUUGAAUAUCACCGAUUUCUCUCUUGCUGUGAUUGGACAUUAUGGAAAUGUUGUAAAUCAUUUGACCCUUUGCAGCCUAAAAAAUGUGAGUGAGAAGGGAUUUUGGGUUAUGGGAAAUGCUCAAGCUUUGAAGCUAUUGGUUUCAUUGACAAUUAGUUCUUGUCAAGGAGUUACAAAUGUAAGCCUUGAAGCCAUAGGCAAUGGAUGUAAAAGCUUGAAGCAGAUAUGUCUACAAAAGUGCAGUUUUAUUUCUGGUGAAGAACUUGCAGCCUUUUCCAAGGCUGCAAGAACUCUAGAGAGUCUCCAAUUGGAAGAAUGUAACAGAAUCACAAUUUCUGGUAUUAUCGGUUUGUUGACAAACCAUGAAUCAAACCUCAAAUCUCUAGUGCUUGUUAAAUGCUCAGGAAUCAAGGAUACAACACUGCAAUUUCCUUUGCUCUCUUACAGCUCGUCUCUUCGAUGGCUAUCGAUACGCAAUUGUACCGGUUUUGGUGCGGGAAGCCUAGCCUUAGUUGGGAGGCUGUGCUCUCAGCUUCAACACCUUGAUCUUGUGGGGCUCUAUGGUUUAACAGAUGCAGUGUUGGUUCCUUUACUUGAGAGCUGUGAAGGACUAGUGAAGGUGAAUCUCAGUGGUUGUUUGAAUUUAACCGACAAGUCGAUUCUCGCUUUAGCUCGACUCCAUGGAGCUACUCUUCAACUAGUUAAUCUUGAAGGUUGUAGGAAGAUCACUGAUCAGAGCUUGGUGGCAAUAGCAGAUAACUUACUAGUUCUCAAUGAACUAGAUGUUUCCAAUUGUGCAGUUUCGGAUCGUGGGCUCAUCGCGCUCGCUCGUGCACAGCAUAUCAAUCUGUUAAUCCUCUCAUUGGCAGGGUGUUGUGGGAUAACAAGUAGAAGUUUGCCUUCUCUUGAAAGAUUAGGAAAAACUUUGGUGGGGUUGAACCUCAAAGGAUGCAACUCCAUCAGCAAUGGCUCAAUUGAGGUUCUUGUAGAGAACCUGUGGAGAUGUGACAUCCUUGUAUAAACAAAUUUGGUUGUUUUGUUGUCCAUAUUUUUUCUCUUAACACGAAUGCUUGUUUAUACCUGAGAGCUUUUGUUGAUAAAAAUGAACUAAUUUACAAGAAUAUUAAGCAACCAAAAGACA